UGAUCCGAUUCAAAAGCACGAUUCAUUCACGAAUCGGACACUACUAAAGGACAAUGGAGUCGGAUACGCCGAAGCCAAGACGAGCCGAGAUCCUUCUACAGCGAAUGUGUCCCAUUCGGAUUAGUCAGGGUUGUGGAACGGAUAACUGGAUAAACAUCAGUGUUGUAUGACCGCAGUGCGCGGUUUUCUGAUGAUCAGCUCGCGCUUUCAAGUGUCAUUAGGAGAAGUUCCCGCUGUAGUUCCACUGCUGCGUCUCCUGGGUUUCCCCCUGGACAAUAAGGACUUCAUUGUGGUUUUAUGAAUUAUUUAUGGCACUGAACAUUUCAGAGGCUCCUUAUACAAUGUCUGAAGUCAAAAUUGGACGGAAAAAAGAAAAGUGUGAGAAUUGCACAAAACAGUGCAACAAGAAACAGAGUGAUGAAAGUAUAAACUCGCUGCAAGAGAUAGGUGUUGCCAGUGGAGAGGUGAAAGAGACUACCUCAGUUCAGCAGGUGUUGCUGAGUGCGUGUCUGUCCUGCGACGGCUGUGUAUCGGAAGACGAAGGCCAGAGAAUCUCUCAGCAGAAUCUGGAUGAUAUCAACCAUGUGCUUGCUCUUAAUAAGAAAUGUGACACUUCGAAGCAUAAAAUUCUCGUGGUGUCCGUGUGUCCCCAGUCGCUGCCAUUUUUUGCUGUUAAAUUUCAAUUGGACGUUCCAGCAGCUGCACAGAAACUCUGUGGAUUCCUAAAGAGUGUGGGGGUUCAUUAUGUCUUUGAAACUACAGUAGCUGCAAGUUUUAGCAUUUUGGAAAGCCAGAGAGAAUUUGUUCAGCGUUACCGCCGUAAACAUCAUGAUGCUAAUGCCAUGCCGAUGUUCACUUCCUCAUGCCCAGGAUGGAUUCGCUAUGCAGAGCGUGUUCUUGGUAGUCUGGUCACACCACACAUCUGCAAUGCCAGAUCACCUCAACAGAUCAUGGGCUUAUUGGUCAAAGACUUUUUUGCCAGACAACAGAAACUGACCCCGGAUCAGGUUUUCCAUGUGGUGGUGGCUCCCUGCUUUGAUAAGAAGCUUGAAGCUGUGAGAGAAGAAUUCUACAACAGCAUCCUAGAGACCAGAGACGUAGACUGUGUGCUUACGUCAGGAGAGAUUCUUCACUUGAUGGAACAAAGCAAAGUUACUGCAGAGGAAGUGGACUCUGCUCCUUUGGAUCAUGUAUUUGGUGAGACCAGUGAUCCAGGUGUGACCAGGCAUGAAGGUCGUGGAUCUGAAGGCUUCCUGGAGCACAUUUUCAAACAUGCAGCCAAAGAGCUGUUUGGCCUAGACGUCCAAGAGAUUGUGUACAAGACACUCAGGAAUCGAGACUUUCAGGAGGUGGUGCUAGAGCGGGAUGGAGAGACUCUCCUGCAGUUUGCUGCAGUCUAUGGCUUCCGGAACAUUCAGACUUUAGUGCACAGAAUGCGGAAAGGCAAAGUGCCCUACCAGCUAGUAGAGGUGCUUUCCUGCCCUGGAGGCUGUUUAAGCGGGCGAGGACAAGCUGAGGGAGAGGGAGGUCGACCUGACCGACCUUUGGUGCAGCAAAUGGAAGAACAUUACAGCAGCUUACCUGUCCAACUGCCUGAAACCAACCCAGAGGUCCAGCGCCUCUACCAGGACUGGCUGGAUGGCCACGACUCCCCACGUGCGCAGCAAUGCCUCCACACUCAGUACAAGAACCACACGCAGCCGCCCUCUCAGAUAGUAAAUCCUGACAUUCAAUGGUGAUUGGAAAUCAUCAUUGCUUUCCCACAUACUUGGAACCAAGCUCGGCUUUAAAAGCACCAAUCAAGACUGACUGCUUGAUGCUAUCUUGGGCUCACACAAACUGCACUGUUUCUGCAGUAAAAGAAAAGUUGAACAGAGGACCAAACAGGCUUCUUGUUCUAUGCAGUGAGUCGGACGCUGCUUUACUAAUGAGAAGAUUUGCAUUUGUUUACUAGUUUUCUGGAACAUUUACUCACAUUGCACCUAAAUGAUGUCAUGCAUGGUUAAGCAACCAGCUGUUAUAGAUGAGUAAAAGUGUUAUUAAAAGGACAAUAGCAAUAACACAAGACAAAAAAAAACUGACUAUUAUCAAAACAGAUUACUGGACCCUGUUCAUAUGCACUGAAGAUAAGGUUAAAGGUGGUUUGUGUAUGGCUAUCGCUCCGAUCCAGCUGUAGAAAGUGCAGACUAAUGCAUAUUGGUGCUAUGAAUGAAUUAAAAAAACAACAACAAUCAAUUAAA